GCUUGACGUCAUCCUGGCUGCCGGAGAGGCUGACUGGAUUUUCAAAACAGGGAGGUGUCGGAAGCGGCUUCUUCUCGGUGGCUUGCGGAGGGGAGGAAGGCUGGGGCCGGCGCCAUGGAUCGCUUCUCCUGGACCAGCGGCCUCCUGGAGAUCCACGAGAACCUCGUCACGCAGCAGCGCGGGGUCCGCCUCUACGACGGGGAGGAGAAGGUGAAGUUUGAUGCAGGAGUAUUGCUACUGAGUACACACAGAUUGAUAUGGAGAGAUCAGAAAAAUCAUGAAUGUUGUAUGGCUAUUCCACUUUCUCAAAUUAUCUUCAUUGAGGAACAGGCAGCUGGAAUAGGAAAAAGUGCCAAAAUUGUGGUCCAUCUUCAUCCGGCAUCUUCCAACAAGGAUCCUGGCCCUUUGCAGUCUAGCAAAUACUCUUAUAUCAAACUUUCAUUCAAAGAACAUGGUCAGAUAGAGUUCUAUAGGCGGCUAUCAGAAGAGAUGACGCAGCGGAGAUGGGAGACCAUGCCUGCUUCUCAGACCAUUCAGAUUAACAAAGGUCCACAGACCGGAAGAAUAAGAGCUGCCGGAAUAGUGGGUAUUGAGAGGAAAUUAGAAGAAAGGAGAAAGGAGAUGGAUAAAAACAUAUCUGAGGCUUUUGAAGACCUCAGCAAACUCAUGGAAAAGGCUAAAGAAAUGGUGGAAUUAUCCAAAUCGAUUGCUAAUAAGAUCAAAGAGAAGCAAGGCGACAUCACUGAAGAUGAGACGAUCAGAUUUAAAUCCUAUCUCUUGAGCAUGGGUAUCGCUAAUCCAGUGACUCGGGAAACCCAUGGAUCUGGCACACAUUACCACAUGCAACUGGCAAAGCAACUAGCUGGUAUUUUACAGGCACCACUGGAGGAGCGGGGAGGAAUAAUGUCGCUCACAGAAGUAUAUUGUUUGGUGAAUCGUGCUCGAGGCUUAGAGUUGCUUUCACCUGAAGAUCUAGUAAAUGCGUGUAAGAUGUUAGAAGCACUGAAAUUGCCUAUAAGGCUACGUAUAUUUGACAGCGGCGUCAUGGUGAUUGAGCUCCAGUCCCACAGUGAAGAAGAGAUGGUGGCUUCUGCUUUGGAAAUGGUCUCUGAGAAGGGCUCCCUCACAGCAGAAGAGUUUGCAAAGCUUGUGGGAAUGUCUGUACUUCUAGCCAAAGAGAGGCUUCUUCUAGCAGAAAAGAUGGGCCAACUUUGCAGAGACGAUUCUGUGGAAGGCUUACGAUUCUAUCCAAAUUUAUUUCUUACACAAAGUUAACUAUCCCCC